ACGACAUCUCCGAGGAUUUGCGAUGGAGAGUAGUUGAUUUGCAUCGAGCUGGGAAAGGCUACAAGGUGAUCUCCAAGAGUUUAGACGUGCAUCACUCCACUGUGAGGAAGAUAGUGUAUAAAUGGAAGCGCUUCAGCACGGUGGCGACUCUGCCGAGGAGUGGGCGUCCUGCGAAGACGAAGAGCGCUCAGACAGCACGGAGGAGGCGGACACAGAUGUUGUGAUGCCACCCAGAACCAGCAGCCACUGUGCUCCGGCUCAUCCUUUUUCAAUGUUAUCACAACUCAAUGCAAACUAGUAGGAUGUGCCCCCAUUUUUAAGGCUCUAAGACGAAGAGCCAGGUUUGUUACAACGGCAUUGUGAGGUAGCUAAAAAGUCUCAAAAAGCUGCACAUGAUGCCUCGUUCUAAAGAGACUCCAGAACACAUGCGGAACAAAGUCAUUGACAUCCAUCAGUCUGGGAAAGGUUACAAAGCCAUUGCUAAGGCUCUGGGACUCCAGAGAACCACAGUGAGAGCCAUUAUCCACAAAUGGAGGAAGCACGGAACGGUGGUGAACCUUCACAGGAGUGGUCGGCCAAACAAAAUUUCUUCAAGAGCACGUCAACAUCUCGUCCAGGAGGACACUAAAGAACCCAGACCAACAUCAGAAGAACCAAAGGCCUCACUUGCCUCAGUUAAGGCCAGUCAAGUGUCUGCUGAGCCAACAGACAACAUAGAAGGAGAUCCAGACCAAGACAAGAUCCAGACUGAGUCUAACACCGUCCCAGAUGUUGGCCCGAAAGCAGGUUCUUCAUCAUCUGAUAAUGAAGAAGAUCCUGUGGUCGAUCAUGUGUCUGCUGGGCCAACAGAUGUCAGAGGGGGAGAUCCAGAUCAUGAAACGCUUGCUGCGAGUGAUUACAACACCGUUGACGACGACGAUGACGGUGACAAUACAGAUUCUUCCUCAUCAGAUAGUGAAGCCACAGAUGAAGAUCCUAUGGCUGAUUAUGUGUCUGCUGGGUUAACAGAAGAUGGAGGAGGAGAUCCAGACAUGUAUGGAGGAGUGAUGAGUCCCAUUUCAUCUGAUGACGAAACUACAGAAGAAGAUCCAAUGGAGCAGUUUUUUGACCCUAGCUUCAGUGAGGAAAAGAAGAUUUAUGCUGGUUCCUCAGUGACAACAGGAGCUCUCCUGCUUCUCCUCCUGGUCUUCAUCCUGAAACACGGUCUGUCGAAAGCGGCAAUCAAAGACCUGCUGGACCUCCUGAACUUCAUGGUGCCUGGAUGUGCUCCAAAGUCCUGGCAGUUUUUUAAGAAACAUUUGACUGGCACUAAUGACAAGACGGAGCUUCACUUUUACUGUCCGAGGUGUACAAGCUACCUCGGUGUUGAGCCUGGUGAUGAAUGUGGAGUCUGCCAGAAGAGCCUGAACAGAAAAAGCCUCCUAGAUAAGGCUUACUACUUCCUCGUAAUGCCACUUGAAAUUCAGCUCAGAAGCAUUCUUUCAAAUGUCCACACGAAGCUGGGGAAGCAUUUCACAAGGGAGACUUCCAUUUCUGAUGUUAACACGGGAACCGGAUACAAACAUGACAGGCAGGAUGCCAGUAUUACGCUUAGCUUCAACUGCGAAGGCUCUCCAGUGUUCAGCUCAUCCAAGUUUUCAGUUUGGCCCAUCCUGUGUACGAUCAACGAGCUUCCAUAUGCUGAAAGAUGUAAAAACGUUCUGCUGCACACGCUGUGGUUUGGCCGUGGCAAACCACAGGUUCAGAGUUUUUUCACGCCGUUUAUUUAUGAAGUGCAGAAACUCUCAGAGGCAGGGUUCUGUUGGAGAGACGAGACCGGCUUUGAACGUCACACCAGAGUAACAGCUCGAGUUUGUGUUUGCGAUGCAGUAACAAGGGCAAUGCUGCAGAACUUUAAACCAUUCAACAGAGUGUUUGGAUGUGGUUUCUGUUACCACAAAGGUGAGAUGGUUCAGAAGGGCAGCACUUACACAAGAGUUUACCCUAUCCAGAUGGACGGCUGUGACCUGAGACAUAUGGUUGAGACGGUGCAGAUCGCGGAGUUUGUCAUGGAAAACGAUGAUGAUGAAGAUCAGAUGGGUGUUAAAGGUCCAAGUCCACUGAUUCUGUUGCCGUCUUUUGACAUUAUCCAAGGGUUUAUUCCAGAUUACAUGCACUGUGUUUGUCUCGGUGUCACUCGUCAGUUCGUCAAUCUUUGGUUUGACCCUCUUUAUGCCAACAAGGGCUUCCAUUUGACACGUCGGCAUUUAGCUAACCUGGACAAAGCAAUUUGUGAGAUCCAGCCGCCAGAUGAAAUCAGACAAAGCCCUAGGUGCCUUAGUGAGAGGAUGUAUUGGAAAGCCUCUGAGUGGAGAGCAUUUGCUCUCCUCUAUUCUCCUGUUAUACUGAGGAAUGUCUUACCAAUGUUGUACUACAAACACUGGAUGCUUCUUGCUUGUGCGCUUCACACCCUCCUCUCCCAGUUUGCCACUCAGGAUGAGCUGAACUGUGCAGAGCUUUGUCUGGUCCAGUUUGUAGCAAAAAUCCCGUCUCUCUACGGACUUGAGCACUGUUCCUAUAACUGCCACUUGCUGACCCAUCUCACUGAGAGUGCUCGGGACUGGGGUCUUUUAUGGGCCAAUUCAGCGUUCGUCUAUGAAAACAUGAAGGACAGACUCUUGCAGAUGUACUCUGGCACAAAGUCAGCUUCAUCACAGAUUUUCAAAAAUGUCUUUUCAUAUGAGAAGGUUGUGAAAAAAGGUAGCGCUGUACUUGAGGAUGAGAGCACAGAAAUGAAAGAUUUCUUUGGCUCCAUGACCAAUUGUGAUAUUGUUGCUGAGCCUACGGAUUGCAUCAGAGAACAUUUAGUGACUCUGGGAUGUGGUUCUUGUAGAUCUUUAACUGCAAGAGAAGUUGCUGCAUUGCAAAAGAGCGACACACUCACAUGGUGCCAUCGUCAAAGUGUAACUGAAUAUAAGCGUUGCAUUUCCAAAAACAUGUUAGUCGCCUCUUUAGACGACAGCGUUGCAGUCAAAUGGAACAAUUCUGUGAUAGAAACAACCAGCUGCUUUGCUCUGGUUGAGUCUUUGGUUGUUGUGCAGAAACCCUGCAGCUGUGAACGAAGCACCAACUGCUCCUGCAGAGAACUUAUCAUUUUCUACAAGCAGCUGCAGCGAGUGAGCAGACAGCCGGCCAUCCAUGACUCACAGAUCAACGCAAACAUCGCAAAAUUCCUCGUUAAAGUGAGACGCUCGGGUGAAUUGUGUGCAAUGACAUGCGUGGACAUUACUGCCAAAUGUAUUAUGAUUGAACAUGAGGGUCAGUUAUAUGUCAUGAAAAUGCCCGUGUUUGAGACGAGGUAAAUGUCUCUGGCUUUAACAUUGGUUCGUUGUGAUGUCGGAGUAGGUCCACAUUCACACAGCAGGAUUGUGUGAUAUGACUGUAAAUUGUGUAAGAUAUAGCCUUCCUGUUACUGUAUUUUAGGCCAUUGUGGGCCUUUAUAGCACUUUUUAGGUAGAACUUUUGCAUUUAGUACUUUAACUUAGCAUUAUAUUAUUAACCCUCUGAACCCCAAAACCCACCAGUGGGUGUGAAAUGCAUUUUUGCCAAAGUUGAGCCAUUUGUCAGAGACAGAAACAGUGAAAGAUUUCCCAUGGUCCUUGAAGAAAUUAUGUAUGCUACGCUAGUCAAAUUUGAGCUUAAAGUUAUGAUAUUUUAUCAAAAACACUUUAUUCUGCAUGUCUCAUUUGCACAAGAUCCUGUUUAAAAAAAUUUAAAAUAAUUCUGCACUUUUCACAACAGCAUGAUAAACUGAGCUACGACCAACAGUCACAUGACAAAACCUGUGUGACUUUUAGGAUGAACUGCAGGAAGGGUUUACACAGAGCAGACAUUCCAUGACAAAAGAGACUGAAAGAAACUGCAGUCUGGCUUACAAAGGUACACAAGUUAUCAGCAUGUUGGAAGAUACAUUCAGCAUGGUGAAACGUUUUUCUACUGUUGGUGUGUAGAGCAGUGUGAAAGUACUAAAAAUCAUACUUCAAUAGCAUAUGAGGACUUUUUAAAAUUCCUGGGGGUACUUGGAAAAAGGUUGUAUAUAUCGAUUACAGGUUUUUGAAUUUUUGUAAAACAAAUAGUUUUUAAAAAUGUUUCCACUGAGGCGCAGGAUGUUGUAUUACAGUGAAAAAUAAGUCCACAGUGGGUAAAACUUUGACAAAAAGACACCCAGAAACUGGAGUUCAGAGGGUUAUCGUUGUAGAAUUUGUGAACAUUUUGGUGUCGUACACAGAAUGUAUACUUGUAAAUACAGUAUUUUGUAGUGAAUGUAAAGUAAGGUCAAAUGCUUCUAUUUUGCAUUCAAAUAUGUGAAAGAUGUCAGUGAAUGUGAAAAGAUCUUGUUUGGCUCCGUUUUGCUUUAAUGAAACCUGGUGAGCCGCGUUGUCCCUUCAUUAUGUGACCAAAGAGCUUCUGGUCAUGUCAGGUGUAAUGUUUGACUUCAUCAGGCUUUACAUGCUCCCAUUAAGGCUCAGUGGGGUUGAGGUCAGGAGGCUUUGGAGCCAAGUCCUGGACAGUCAACACUCCUUCAAAGCUUUGAGGUGUUGUUUGGGCUUGUUGUCCUACUGCAGCACAAAUCCUUCUCCAAUCUGGUCUUGUGUAGGAGGAUUUUGGGGCUGCUUUUGCUUGUUUUAUUUUGUUAAAUGUGCCUUUUGGUAUUCUAAUCAGAUGAUAUUCAAAUCUUCUUUCCUGUUGCUGUUGACAGAAAUCAAAAACCUUAAUGAGCAUUAUACCCUCCAAAUAUUCUUAUACCAACACUGGCACUAGAGGUAUGAUGCUGUGGUACUAACAUGGUGCCUGAAUCUGAUUUAAAGUUUUGAGAUAAGCAACACACUGAUCAGCCACAACAUGAAAACCACUGACUGCUCCAUCAUCUUGUACAAUUCUACAAUUUCAUGUGGCAGAAGCUUUUAUCCAAAGCGACGUACAUCUGAGAGCAGAUACAACACAAGCACGGAUCUAGUCAGGAGAAAACAACCUAGAUAAGUGCCAUAGAACAAUCUUAUCGAUGUGCCGACAGGUCAGAGUUACUUGCAGCACAAAUCAGACCAACACCACGUUUGGCAGCUGGUUUUACUUCUGUAGCUGAUCGGUAUUUGUCAUGUGUUAAACUGUUCCCUUUGCACUACUAUUUUUCCUUAUCCAUCAGUGUGAUUUAUUGAAUUUCUUUUGGAUGUUUCACCACGCCCGGCACCACAGAGCUUGUUCGCUUGUUGGGGUGCGUAAUGUGUAUAUUCAAAAAGACCUGACCCCGUGACAAUCUAAGUGGGAUUGAAGCAUAGUUAGUCAAUAAAAACAUCUUUGUGACACAAAGUAA